CGACGUCUGAUACAGCGUUGUGCUGUUUAACGUAAAAAGUGAUAUUAUUAUUAAAUUAUAAACAUAAAUAUUAUUACUAAAUGACAACAAUAAUAGUUGUUAUAAAAUUUUUAAAAAAAAAUUAAAUAUCAACAAGAAAAUUUUUAAAAAAUGUGGAAAAAUUUAACAAGAGGAUUACGAGAAACUUUGGAACGUCGUGUUUGUCCUACAAAUGUAUAUUCGCAAGCUCAAAAUGAAGAAAAUAAUUCAAAUAUAUUAAGCUAUAAAAAAUCAUGUUUAAAUAUUAAAAAUUCAUGCAUUGAUUUGGUUAAACAUCAAAAUAGUUUUUGCGGAUUAUUUAAUAAUCGUGGUGCUAAAGAUAAAAAACAUUAUUCUGAUUGGAAUAAAUGUGCACAACGUUCAAUAAGUGAUGUUCUUGGUUGGUCAGGAAUUUUAGCUCUUGGAUGGGUAAUAUGUCAAACACCGUGCAUAAGAAAGCACAUAUUUGAAAAACAUCGUCGUCGUAAUGAAAAUAAAUGUUAUUUUUCACAAUUUCAUAAAAAUAAUAUUUCACAUUUGUUGUUAAAUAGUCUUAAUCUAAAACCAAAAGAUAUACUUCCAGUUAUCAAUUGUAUUCCAAAUUCUAAUACAAAUAAUAAAGAUGAACUUAUCAAAGGUGAUAAUGAAUGGCUGGAAGAUGUACCAAUUGGACCAAUUACAGCUCAAGAAGCAUUGGGUGCAUCAAAAGAAAAUUUCACAGCUAUUCAUAAAAUAGUUAUGAGUGAAUUAGAAUUGCAAAUUGGUGUUAAGGCACUUGGUGAAAAACAGUAUAAAAAAGCAAUUGAACAUUUUACAACUGGUGCUAAAUUAUCAUCACCAGGUAGUAUGUUUAAUUUAGGAUUAUGUUAUCAACUUGGUCUUGGUAUACCUAGUGACAUAAACAAGGCAGCUAAAUUUUAUAAAGAAGCUGCUAAAAGAGGUCAUGCUGAUGCCAUGUAUAAUCUUGGAGUAUUUUAUGCUCAAGGACGUGGUGGAUUAGUAAAAAAUAAAAAUAUUGCUCGUGAUUUAUUUACAAAAGCAGCAAAUCUUGGUCAUCAUGAUGCUAAAACUGCUUUGGAAUUAGAAAAAAUAAAAAUUAAAGAAAAAGAGCUGGCUUUAAGUAACAAAACACAAUCAACUGUUCCAUCAAAAACAGCAACAAAUAUAUUUAAACGUAGUAUAAAUAUAUUUUCAUCAAAAAUUAAUUAUAAUGAUGAUGAUGAUGAUGAUGAUUUGUAUGACAAUUCUUACAAAUCGUAUUAUCCAAUAAAUAAUUAUGGUAAUAACGAUUAUUAUCUUAACUUUUUGGGAAUUCAGCCGAAAAGUGUACCAAUUCUCAUGGAAGCAGUACAUUAAUUGAAUAAAAUUGAUAUGAUUAGCAUAUAAAUUUAAAUUUUGUUCAAUGUCAAUCCAUCUGACGUUUGAUGCAUCAUCACCAGCUUCAAGUGGUAUACUACCAA